AUGCACAUCACGUUCUCCACUACCAACCAGCAGAAAACCCCCGCACAACACAAGAUCAAGCACAUCAAGCUUCCACAACAUCCCCAACCACCAACGGUUCUUCGCCUACAGAAUGCCAAACGCUGUACAACACAACACGACCCACAGCUGAAAAGAACCUCCGAACUCGGCCUGCGCGGCACUUUACAGUACGAGACGGUACGGUACAACAAUCCCCUUUCAGACACGUUCGUACGAGGAGACUGGAGCGGUUAUGCAUAUUCCCUACCUUUCCCCCACGCAGAUCCAAUACCACACCUUUAACCUCACGGGGGAAGGAGAAAGAAAAGAUGUCUCGGUGGGAAAGGAGAAACCUGUCACCUCGGUGAUUUGA